CCACGCUCAACACCCAUGCAAGCCCCUUCACGAGCACCACCUAAGUCCGCACCACGAACGACUCACGUGGCUUCCACACGCUCGCUUCGGACCGAAGCGGAGCCGGCCUCCUCAUGCCCGACUUCCCAACGUCUCCGGGCCACGACAACGGCUGUUCUCAGCCUUCCUCCUGUUCCAGCUCCUCGACAGCCCUGCGCGCCUGUGCCACCGAAGACCGUGUGCUUCGCACCUGCAGCUGCUCCAGUCUCCACGCCAGCGGCACCAGCGACGCUUCCAGCCGGCCCGGUCUCCAUGCGCACUGCACCAGCGACUGGAGCGAUCUCCGCACCUGCGGCACCUCCCGCCGAACCAGUCUCUGUGCGCAUCACUCCAGCGGUUGCUCCAGACUCCACGCCAGCUGCACCAGCGGCUACUCCAGUCUCCAUGCCAGCGGCACCAGCGACGCUUCCAGCCGGCCCGGUCUCCAUGUGCACUGCACCAGCGACUGGAGCGAUCUCCGCACCUGCGGCACCUCCCGCCGAACCAGUCUCUGUGCGCAUCACUCCAGCGGUUGCUCCAGACUCCACGCCAGCUGCACCAGCGGCUGCUCCAGUCUCCACGCCAGCGGCACCUGCGACGCUUCCAGCCAGCCCGGUCUCCAUGCGCAAUGCGCCAGCGACUGGAGCAAUCUCCGCACCUGCGGCUCCAGCGACUGCUCCAGGCUCCACGCCCACGGCUGCAUUGGACUUUGCGCGCACCGCGCCAGCACCUGUUCCAGCGCACGCCGCACCACAACCAGUCUCAAGGCCAGACGGUGCGUCGUUCGCACGCAUGCCGUCGGAACCUUCCCCUCCUGCGCCUCCUCAUCCUGCUCCAGCUUCACUGCCGGCACAGAAGAUGACGAUCGAGGACGCAAACCUGGAGAUGGUUAGUGACAUUUUGCUUGAACUGUAUUUGUUGCGGGUCUAUUUUGUACUCACGUUGUUUACCUCUGUGCUUUGUUGGUUCAAAGCCCCACGCCUACUCCUGGGGGGACCAUGUCUGACCUUGCCACAGUUUCAGAGCGUCAUGACCUGGCUGUUGGUACCUGGAAUGUGA